AGAAGUCAAACCGGAAGUGGUUGUCACCUCCAGGUAAACAGCUUCAGAUCCGUGAUCCGGGGCAACGACGUUCGGAACCGGCUGCGGCAUCAUGGACGUGGAGGAUGAGAGCAUCCUGGUGUCGGUGUUUAAGGACAGCUUCCCGGAUAGCUGGAGGGAAAACCCGGACUUCUCCGCCUACCUGUCCGAGCUCAGCUCCUGCGGCCUGGACUCACUGAGCCGGGAGCCGGAGCGGCUGGCCGAGGAGCGGCAGCAGAUCCUCCAGCAGACCCGGGAGCUGGCCUUCUCCAACUACCAGACCUUCAUCCGAACCGCGGACUGCACCCAGCACAUCUACAGGGACUUCGGGAAGGUGGAGGGCAGCGUGUCCCGCCUGCUGGACAAGCUGCCCCGGUUCGGGGAGAGAUGCAGGGCCUUCAUGAAGGAGGCGGAGGAGAUCGCCGUCAGCCGGCGGAUGAACAGCCUGACGCUGAACCGCCACACCGAGAUCCUGGAGAUCCUGGAGAUCCCUCAGCUCAUGGACACCUGCGUGCGGAACGGCUACUACGAGGAGGCGCUGGAGCUGGCGGCGUACGUCAAGAGGCUGGAGAAGAAGCACGCCGCGCUGCCCGUCAUCCAGGGCAUCGUACGGGAGGUGCGUCAGUCGGCGCAGCUGAUGCUCAACCAGCUGCUGCAGCAGCUGCGCUCCAACUCCCAGCUGCCCGUGUGCCUGCGUGUGAUUGGCUACCUGCGGAGGAUGGACGUGUUCACGGAGGCGGAGCUUCGGGUGAAGUUCCUGCAGGCCAGAGGCAGCUGGCUGAGCUCCAUGUUGGCCGCCGUUCCCGAGGAGGACCCGUACUUCCACAUCACCAAGACCAUCGAGGCCUGCAGGGUCCACCUGUUCGACAUCAUCACUCAGUACCGCGCCAUCUUCUCUGACGAGGACCCUCUGCUGCCCCCGGCGGGGGGCCAGGCGGCCCUCAGCGAGGGCGCCAUUUUCCACGGCUGGGUGGUGCAGAAGGUGGCGGAGUUCCUGGAGACGCUGGAGAGGGACCUGCAGCGCGGCGUGGGGGGCCGGCUGGACUCCCUGCUGGGGCAGUGCAUGUACUUCGGUCUGUCCUUCAGCAGGGUGGGGGCCGACUUCCGCGGGCAGCUGGCGCCGCUGUUCCAGCGGGUGGCGCUGGAGACGUUCCAGGGGGCGGUGCAGGAGUCAGUGGAGAAGUUCCAGGAGGACAUGAACAUGUAUACGCUCAUCGCCCUCCCCUCUGCGCUCGGGGGCGCCGUCCCCCCCGUGGCCCCCAGCGUGCAGCCCGGCACCCUGCAGCCCCCCAUGGCUCUGUUGGACUUCCAGCCACUGGCCUGCUUCCUCAACAACAUCCUGAGUGCCUUCAACGACCUGCGCCUCUGCUGCCCCCUGGGGCUGGCGCAGGACGUCAGCCGCAGUCUGGAGGGCGGCCUGCAGGCGGUGACCCGCCAUGUUCUGGCGUUCCAUCGGGCCGAGCAGUCGGCCUUCAGCAGCAGAGAGAAGGAGCUCUUCGUCCAGUUCUGCUCGUCUUACGCCGAGGACCUGCUGCCCUUCCUGAACCGCUGCCUGCAGGUUCUGUUCCCUCCAGCUCAGCUGGCUCUGGUUCUGGGCGUUCCUGCCUCUCAGCUGACCCGCUACGGGGGCCUGGGCACCAUAGAUGUCUCAGCGGUUCUGCAGCCGCUGGAAUUCAUUCUCCCUCAGAAGGAGCCGGAACCGCUGAUGCCGGAGGUCGGCGCCACCGCGGAGCUGGACCCGCUGACCUUUGACCCGCCGCUCGGAGCAGCAGAAUCCGGUCAGUCGGAUCCAGCGGCAGAACUGAAGCCUGAUGAACAGGAGGAGGGACAGUGAGGACAGAACCUCUGCUGGGUUCUGGAGAGACGGACUCAUUCUGGACUCUGGUGAUGGGAUCUAAAUAACGUUGGACUGAACAGAACCUUCUGGAUGGUUCUGGUUGGGAUAUUUUUAUGUUCAAUAAAAAGUUCCUAAAGCGUC